AUGUCCAGAGCUUGGCCUAUCAUAGGCUCACUCACAAGGACAGUCGAGUAUCUCCAGCUCAGUGUUGAAACGGACGACCGACAGCAGGGACCCCUACUAAAGCCCCUAACCUCUUUGUCACCGUCGCAGAACUGGACUCAAGAGGAGGAGCGGAGGAGAGUAUUCUGGAGCAUCUUCAAUCUCGACAGGCUUUGCUCUGUGAUGACUGGAUGGAACACCAGCUUGACAUCCGAUGAUGUUCGCAGACGAUUACCAGCAGAUGGAGGCCUAUGGCAUAAAGAAGAAACAGUGUUGACUCCCUACUUCGGUAUCUGGGAUCGCUCGGCCGCAAAGAUGGGGAAUUCUAUUGUCUUCCUUCCAGCACACUACCCAAGUCCUGACCAAGUCGCCGAAGCACCACCCGAGACACCAUCAACAAACACGACAGCACCCAAGGGCAACGACACAGUGGACAUGACAACUGUCGGGGCGUUCGCUUACUGCAUCGAGGCGACAGAGUCCUUGAGUCGAGUUACCACUUACUUUCUCCAACAGAGAAUCAACUUCAGGGAUCGUCAAGAAGUCGGGAAUUGGCUUACCAGAUUUAAGGAGCUGGACCUACGCCUCGUCCACUGGAAGAUGUUCCUCCCUCAAAAGUGGAAAGACUCCAACAUCUCGCGAAGACCAACCAUUAUCAACAUGGAUCCAAACCUGACGUUGGCUCAUAUCACUCACAAUACCUCUAUGAUCUUACUACAUCAGCAGAUCGCGUAUCCAUCACCUCAGUGGACCAGCAUCGUACGGAUGCCUAGUGCCCAUAGCGCAGAGACAUGCCAGAUCGCUGCGGCGGAAACGGCAACAAUUACACGCAAGUAUCUCAAGUACACACCAGAAAAUAGCCCGGUUAAUAGCCAGUUCGCUUUCUGUGUGUUCGUCAGUGCUCGCGCAUUGCUUGUACACUGGAGAUUCUACAAGACUGAUCUAGCCCCCGAGUUCUGGGUUCUGGUUGAAAGCCUCGAUGACUUCUCUAAGAGAUGGGCAGGCCCUUUGUCUCGAUUGAAAUCUGGUCUCUCCUUACCCGGGAAGUACAGCGCUCAACUACGCUCCCUUCAUAAGAAAUGCACGGAAGAUCCGGAUUAUUCUCCAGAUGUCGUUGGAUACUCGACCGAUAGCUUUGCAACGCAAACAUCUAAUCACCUCAGCCAAGGGCAACCCGACAAUCAGCACAGCAGCCGAGCUCGGGCUGGAGCAUCCAGCGCUUUGCAGAACUCAUUUGAUAGUGGGACCCAAAGAUCUAUUCUCAAUCCUGGUCCUCCAGGCGGUCAUCUCAGCUUCCUUCCCCAAAUAUCACCUACCAAUCCGGGGGUGGAGCACAAUUCACCAGAUGAGUUAUCAGCUAUCUCCACCGUUCUCAUGGAUCAGGACUUCAUGCAGUUGGAUCGAGUCAUCAGCUUCGAUGACAUGAUGUUUACAGCUCAAACGAUUGACGAUCAAGGGGGGCCUUUCUCUAUGAAUAACUGGACGUUAGGAUAA